AUGGCAACACAGUCUGCUGCUGCUUCGUCUGUAUCGCAGCUGGCUGGUCAGAUAAAUUCUAUCAAUAACUCCCGCACUAUAGCAGAAAAUCCUUUGUUCGAUGCACAAAUGUCGGUCGACGUUCGUUUACCCACACUCUCAUUGCCGGUAUUUAGUGGUGAUCGAAAACAGUGGAAUUCUUUCAAAGAUUUGUACGUCAGUUGUAUUCAUGAAAAAAGACUCAAAGACUCAGUGAAAUUACAGUAUUUGCUUUCUCAUUUGGACGGGGAUGCUAAAAAAUUGGUUAGUGCCUUUGCAAUCACGGAUGCAAACUACAUACAGGUGUGGCGCAAAUUAAACGAGUAUUAUGACAAGAAAAAGUAUACCGUCGCGGCUUUGGUGAAAGAGUUUAUUAAACAGCCGCCGGUAACCAUUCCGUCUCUAGUCGCGCUUCGAAAGCUCGUUACAACGUCGGAUGAAGUAAUAAGACAAUUGAAAGCUCUUGGUGAAGCGUACGAAAAUCGCGAUCCGUGGUUGAUACACCUGCUUUUGGACAAGCUUGACCGUGAAACGCGUACACAGUGGGCUCAAAAGCUUGUCGAUAUUGAAAAUCCUAGCUUUUCUGAGUUCCUCACUUUUCUUGAGCGAAGAUGUGAUGCAUUAGAAACCUGCGUAUUAUUCACUAAAAAGGGAAAUGAUACCGUAAAGAAGGAAAGUGAUCGUAGGAGUGAUACAAAAUCCGCUUUAUCGGGCAAGCCGAUUCAAAGCUUCCAUACCUCAACACAGCUCUCUUGUCCGAAUUGUCAGCAAGCUCACACUAUCUACCAGUGUGCCAGCUUCAAAGAAAUGGCCGCAGGAGAUCGCCGAGAUUUUGUGCAGAAAUCAAAACUGUGCUUCAAUUGCCUCAGGGCAACACAUGUAUCAAAGAACUGCAAUUCUACAACAAACUGUCAAAAUUGCCAUCAAAGGCAUCACACACUUUUGUGCCAAAACGCAACAUCAUUAGUACACUUCGCUCAACAAACUGAAAUAUCUGAAAAUGAACAGGAAGCUUUGCCUGUAAUGUCCAAGCAGGAGUCUACCUUGACUUCCUACGCUACUAGCAUUCGGGCCAACUACUCUAGAAAUUUCGAAAGUUUGCUACCAACAGCUGUCAUCAAGGUCUUGGGGAAAAACAAUGUUUUCCACGAAGUUCGAGCAUUAGUAGAUUCUGCUUGCAUGAGUUCAUUGAUCACGAAGCAAGCCUUUCAACGUCUAGGAUUGAAUAGACGUAACGCCAACGUUCUCGUCAGCGGUAUAAAUUCAGGAAAGCCCAGCCGAACGGAAGGUGCAGUAACAUUACAAAUUUCGUCUCGAUUUAAUGAUGUGAUCGUCAUCACGGUGGAAGCGCUGAUCCUGAAUCGGCUCGUGCCUGACCAACCGGCUCACAAAUUUGAUGUUGAUUUUUGUAACCUGCGUGGCGCAUCCCUUGCAGAUCCCAAUUUCAAUAAUUCUUGCAAGGUCGAUCUUUUAUUGGGCAUCGAAGUUUUCUUUUCCAUUCUAGAACCAGGUCAACUGAUGGAUCCUCGAGGCUAUCCAAUUGCACAAAACUCCAUCUUUGGCUACUUAGUUGGUGGCCGAUUCAGUGCCGAAGCGGAGACCAGAUCCAAAAGAGUAGUGAGCCUAACUACUGAAGUUAAUCUAGAUCGAACACUGCGACAGUUUUGGGAACUAGAGGAGCUGCCAAAGGCAAAGCCGCUCUCAAAAAAAUGA